GGGGUUUGGGGACAGGGAGAGGUGGUGCCAUGUAGGCCCUUCUGGGCGGGGCAGCCGAGGAGCUGGAGCAGGGAGCAGGGACGGGCCAGGAGAGGGUGGGCUUCGCAGCUGGGUGGGGCUGGGCCCUGCCGGAAAGCUGUCUGCCUGCCUUCCUCUCCACCUGUCCAUCAUGGGCGUCCACAGGACUCUUUCUGGGGCGGGGGUGGCUGCAGUCCUGGCUGGGAGUGGGUCCCACGCCAUUCAGUGUGACUGGUGGUGCUCCCUCCCCUGCCCUCCUUCGAGGAGGAGUGUGGGCAACAGUUGCAGCCUGGCCCUCCACAUCUGCUGUGGGUCACAGAGGAAGCUGCCUUCUACUGCGUCCGACCCGUGGUCCAUCCCGCUCCGAAUUGUCUGCCCCCCUGACUGGCAGCAGCUCUCCAGCAUUUCGGACAGGGGCCUCCCCCAGCCCUACCUGGAGGUGCUGUCAGGGGUUGCACCGGGGGCCUCCUGCGUGCCAAGCAGAGGCAGCUUCCCCACUCCACUCGAGUCCUUGCCCAGAACAGCCCCCCAGCAGACAGCGCCUCUGUGUCUCUUGGGGAACAGGGCCAGAGAGGCCCCCGCCUCGGUCCGUGGAGCGCAAGGGGGCCGUGGAUUCCCUGCCAGGCUCUUCUGGCCAGGGGGCUUCCGUGGGGUGCCUUGGUUUUCCUUGCCGUGAAGGCCAAACUAGCUGCUCCUUCCUUCCUUCCUUCCUUCCUUCCUUCCUUCCUUCCUUCCUUCCUUCCUUCCUUCCUUCCUUCCUUCCUUCCGAAGCAGAAUGCCUUUCAAAGUAAAUGUGAAAAGUAAAGCAAAGCACUGUGAACAUAUUGAAAUCUAGCACAGUCAGUUCAAGAAGGAAAUGGAGAAAAAUGGCAAUCAAUGUCCCCUUGCCCUUGGUCGCAUGCUAAUGGCAUGGUGGAACAAGUUGCCUUUCAAGGGCGCCUUAAAGACCACAAGAGAAGGAUCAUUUGAACUUCCUGCAGCAGGGAGUUCCACUGUCUUGGGUCCACCACAGAGAAGGCUCUGCCCUGCAUGCUUACUAACCCAAGCAUCACGUCCUGGGAUGCCAUCAGGUGCCCGUAUGCCCCACCAGGGGGCUCCCAUGGGUCCCCCAGGCCCCCCCUAUGUCGGGAGCCCCUCCGUGCGCCCCGGGAUGCCCCAGGCGGUGAUGGAGCCCACGCGCAAGCGGGCAGCUCCGCAGCAGGCCCAGCAGCAGGUGGCGGCCCAGCAGCAGCAGGUGGCGGCCCAGCAGCAGCAGCAGGCGGCAGGCGGGACCCAGAGCCGGCCCAGGAGUGCCAAGCGGAGGAAGAUGGCGGACAAAAUCCUCCCUCAGAGGAUCCGGGAGCUGGUGCCCGAGUCUCAGGCCUACAUGGACCUGCUGGCCUUUGAGCGGAAACUGGACCAGACCAUCAUGCGCAAGCGAGUGGACAUCCAGGAAGCCUUGAAGAGGCCCAUGAAGCAAAAGAGGAAGCUGCGCCUGUACAUCUCCAACACCUUCAACCCUGCCAAGUCGGAUGCGGACGACUCGGACGGCAGCAUCGCCUCGUGGGAGCUCCGCGUGGAGGGCAAGCUCCUGGACGACCUCAGCAAGCAGAAGCGGAAGUUCUCCUCCUUCUUCAAGAGUUUAGUCAUCGAACUGGACAAAGAUCUGUAUGGACCAGACAAUCACCUGGUGGAAUGGCACAGGACGCCCACCACCCAGGAGACGGACGGCUUCCAGGUGAAGAGGCCGGGAGACGUCAGUGUGCGCUGCACCCUCCUGCUCAUGCUGGAUUACCAGCCUCCGCAGUUUAAGCUCGACCCCCGCCUGGCCCGCCUGCUGGGGAUCCACACGCAGACCCGCUCGGCCAUUAUCCAGGCCCUCUGGCAGUACAUCAAGACCAACAAGCUGCAGGACUCCCACGACAAGGAGUACAUCAACUGCGACAAGUACUUCCAGCAGAUCUUUGACUGUCCUCGGCUAAAGUUUUCUGAGAUCCCUCAAAGGCUCACCAACCUGCUGCUGCCUCCAGACCCCAUUGUCAUCAACCACAUCAUCAGUGUGGACCCCAAUGACCAGAAGAAAACGGCCUGCUACGACAUUGACGUGGAGGUGGAGGAUCCCUUGAAAGGACAGAUGAGCAGCUUCCUCCUCUCGACAGCCAAUCAGCAGGAGAUCACGGCCCUGGACAACAAGAUCCAUGAGACAAUCGAAUCCAUCAACCAGUUAAAGAUACAGCGGGAUUUCAUGCUCAGCUUCUCCAAAGACCCCAAAGGGUACAUCCAGGACCUUCUCCGGUCUCAGAGCAGGGAUCUCAAGGUGAUGACGGAUGUGGUGGGGAACCCUGAAGAGGAGCGGCGGGCCGAGUUCUACCACGAACCCUGGUCCCAAGAGGCUGUCAGCAGAUACUUCUACUGCAAGAUCCAGCAGCGGCGACAAGAACUGGAGCAGUCUCUGGGGGUGCGCAACACCUAAGCGGCUGGUGGCCAGCCUGGCCGGGUCCUUGGCCCCCGAGCCAGGGGACUUCUCCGCUGUGUUUGGCCGCUCACUUUUCCGCGAACAUGGACGUGCUUCUUGGUGCCCAGCCCAGGAAGCCCCCGCCCGGCACCCACAGCACCAGCCCCCCACCCCGCCCCCGCCCCCGCCCCCCAGCUUGAGCGUGUGGCCUGCCCAGGAACCGGCUUCUCCUCCUCGGCUUGCUCAGCCCAGUCCAGGCGCGCGGGGGGGGGCUUCCGCCUGUGGGGCCGCCCACUUGGCCACGUGUGGGAGAACCAAGCCUGUGCCUGUGGGGCUGCUUGGGGGCCUGCAGCAUGGUCUGGAAGGGCGCGGCGGCCGGCAGACGGGUUCCUUGGCUGGGCCACUGGGCCCCUGCUUCUGGGGGGCUGGAGGCGCCAGCAGGGCCUGGCCCUGGAGGGCUGCUGCCCUGGCCCCCGUGUGGCCUCGGAGGCAGAUGCUGGGCAGGGCCCUGGGCAGAGCUGCGUGGGCUCCUUGCUGUGCCCCCAGCCUCCCCCUGCUCAAGGAAGAGGAGCCGGGAGACCAGAGGCCGGCCCCCUCCCUCGAGCCCCCCGCCCAGAGCCUGGCUGGGUGGGGGCACCCCGGAGAAGCCCCCUGGGCUGGCUGUCGGCUGCGGAGACUGGUGUGCCGCGCAGCCAAGCUGAAGGAUGCUCUUCCCAGACAGGCACAGACCAGGCUGGCCUUGCGACCCUCCUUGGGCCAGCUGUGGCUCUCUGGCCAAGGGCUCCUGGCAGCCCCUCGGCCAGCCGGCUCCUCUGCCUGCCGUGGGCGCUGAGCACCUGGCUCCUGGCGCUCUGCCCAGAGGAGCUCCGUUGGGGUGCUAGCUGGCACCCCAGCCCUGCAGGGGGGGGGGCUGCACCUCCCUUGCCAUUAGCCCAGAGUGGGGUGUCGGCCGGCAGCAGCCUUCUCGGGACCGCUCUGCUCUCCUGCCUUUCCGGUCACGCACAGCCCAGCGGGAGAUGCUGGCCGGCCGGCAGGCUCUCCAGGGCCUCUGCUCUGGGCCGGCUCUGCCCCCCUAGUGCCCGCAGCUCUGUGCUGAGGAAUGCCGUCUCUGCCUCGGCAGGAGAGCAAAAUGCCAGUGCGGGGGGGGGGGUGGAGGGCAGCUGCUUAUGGGCCUCUGUGGGGCUUUUUCUGUCGGCGAGGGGAGCCCAGCAUUCCCCAGUGGGGGAGGGGGCGAUGGAAGGCCGUAGUGUGGGGCUGAGUGUGGGUGGAGUGAAUCCUCACUCCAGGAGAAGGCAGGCCCUGGGGAGGGGGGGCUAGGGGUGUAAUCUGCACAUGCCCCCCCCCCACCCCAGAAUGGGUGCACCAGAACUCUUGUGCUGAACAGCCGCGAAGUUAUAACGUGGUGCUGUGCUGGGCAGAGAGUUCCGCCUGCAGUCGGCAACGUGGCCCCUGAAGUAUGGCCUGGAGCGAGGGGGCCGUUGAUGGGAGCAGCUCCUGCCCAGCCCGUGCGUGUGUCACGCAAAGGCCUUGCCGAGGGAAUCUCCGCCAUGGCUCCGGUUCAGAAUUUGGGAGUGGGGCGUGGCGCUUGGAGUGGCCAGCGGGGCUUUCCUUUGGCCAUCUCGGAAGCACAAAGCGCACCUGCCUCCAGCAGCCAGCAGAGGAGCUCUGGCGCGAGGCUUGGGCCAGUGGGGUCCCAGGGCGGCAAGGGCCGAAUCCCGAGGCUGCUGGGCUGGACUCAUCCUGACGGCCACCCCUGCUGGUAGCACAGCCCCGUCACGCAAGCGGGUGGGUGUGCACGUGCAACGAAACACGCAGAAGACACAAUGAGAGAGGGCUACACUUUGGCGCUCGCCACUGCAAAACGUGCCCAGAUCUGGGGCCAAGAGUUGGUGAGAAAAGGAGGGCUGGACGCCCCCCCCCACCCCCCAUUUCAGGCAGUGCAGGCUGCGGCCGAUCCAGGCACACUCGUCCUUGUGGCCACGCCGAGUGCAGUCCGCCGCAAGCCCCAGACGCUGGGUGGGAGGGGGGCUUGCAGGGGAAGCGCGGUGAAUUGGGGAAAGCACCCAGCCUUGCUGCCCGCAGCAGCUUCUCUCCGUGCAACAGCCGCAGGCUUCAAGGACGGCUUGGCCUUGGCCGAAGGGCCUGCAGGGCUGCGUUGCGGCUGGGCGGGGCGGGCGGGCGGGCCCUGUAAGACGCAGCUCAGCCCGAGGUGGCUGGCUGGGGGGGGCGGGUGGUGGGUCUCCUGGCCUCUUCUCAGGGGACAUGAAGUGUGGGCAGCCCCCCAGGGAAGAGGGGUGUCCCCCGGCAGAGGUGGCUGCACCUGCACAGCUCACUCUCCAUGGAGGCUGCUUGCAGCAAAGCUGGGAGAAGGUGCAGAGCUGGGGCCCUUCUUCCUGCCCCCCCCCCGGCCACAGCCAAGGUGUUUGGCCCCCACCCUCACACUGCCUCUUCUAAGCGCCAGGAUUGUGCCCAACUGCCCAGCGGAGGAGGCAGCCAGGCUUUCCAGGCAGAAGCCAGCCCCCCCCCCCCCGGGAUUAGGCGUGGCCCGUGGGCAGCUGCCACCAGCAUUGGGGGCCUCCGAGGGGGGAGGGGGCGCUUGGGGGCAGGCAGCUCACCGGCCUGCCUCUCUCCUGGGGGGCUGCCAUGUCGGUGUUGUCUGGUGCCGAGUGAUUCACAGAGAAGCUUUUCAACAAUAAAGACUGUUUCUUUGUA